AUGGGAUUAAAAUCCAUCUUCAAUUUCAAGCGACGCUAUACUACUCGUAGUAAAGACCGAUCAGAACCGCCUGCUAAGUCGUAUCCAUUAUCCUCAUCAAAUGAGAAUAAUAAUAGAGCGUUGAGACUAAGAGGAGGAGGAUGUUGCUGUUGUGGUGGAAAUGCUAGAUAUUACGAAGACGAUAUUCCCAAAAGACGGAAACGCAAGAACAAUUAUGUCUUUGCUUAUUCUGGGAAUGGAAUGUCAUGCGGAGGAGGUGGAGGAUGUUGA